CCGGAGGAACCUGAGUAGCACCAUUGUGUUCAUAUUCUCGAUCAGGAUGGCCGGGAAAUGUGUUCUCAGAUCAACAAUGCUGUUCCUAAUGGUCUUCGCGCUCUUCUCCGCGGCCGGUGCUGCCUCCGCUGCCAGGCCUGAGGUAAUGCAGUGCGGGCCUUGUAACCCCAACCGGUGCCCUGCCAUUGGGCAAUGCCACCGCGGGAUAACAUGGGAUGUGUGCAACUGCUGCGAAGUCUGCGCUAAGGGUUUGGAUGAGGAGUGCGGUGGACCUUGGGGCGCGUACGGUAAAUGUGGGUACGGCCUUACAUGCCUCAAGGACGCCAGGGAGUGCCCCUACCUGUUCCACCCUCGAGGCUCUGGCGCAGAUACUGGGUCGAAUAUUUGCGAUGAUUAUCUGUUCAAUGCCAUCGGGAGGUGCGUGAGGAGCGAGGACACGGUGGAGUCGGCCUUCAAGCGGAAAGGAAUGGUCGAGCUGCAGCGGGACGAGACGGAUCUGGAGCCCGGCAAGAAUCCUCUUCAGAAGGGCGACGCCAUCAUCGGCAAGAGGCUGAUGCUGAAGGGCGUCUUGAGGGGCGUCGAGUAUUAAUGCCUCACCCCAUUUCUUGUUCUAGAACAACUCGGGUUAGGAGGUGAUUAGAUGGAUCUAGAGAAUUAUGGUUAAGGGAGAACAGGAAAGUCUUUACUGUUUGGUCAGAGGGCCACUUGCAUCUAUUAUAACACUUGUAAAAAAAUUUAACUUUCUUGUAUAGGACGUGUAAAGAAAUACACGCACAGACUCUUUCCCUGUUUAUCUGACAAAACAUUAUUUUCGUAUGUGAUAACAGUGAUGGCAGGCUCAUGAUUUAAGUAACAUUAUAAUCAAUUUAUUAAACCGUUUUGUCUCCAAGGAUCAGUAAUGGAACCUCUGGAAAUAAAAUUAAAGCUUUA